AUGUCAGCGACACUGCAGAACCUGCUUCCGGGCAACCCGGCCACGACGCGUGCACAGUCGACCAAGAUCUCGGCGGACCCCAAGGGCGAAAAGGUGGUGUACUGCCAGAACCGCACGGUGUUUGUGCGCUCGCUCACCGACGCCUCGAAGCCGGCGCUGGCGUACUCGCAGCACACGCAGCCCACCACGGUGGCGCGCAUCUCGCCUACGGGCUACUACUGCGCCUCGGCCGACCAGGCGGGCAACGUGCGCGUGUGGGACCUCGUGGGCGACGAGCAGAUCAUCAAGAGCGAGGUCAAGGUCAUCGCGGGCCGCAUCAACGAUCUUGCGUGGGACGGCGAGUCGAAGCGCAUCAUCGCCGUCGGCGACGGUCGCGAGCGUUUCGGCCACGCUUUCUCCUUCGAUUCCGGAUCGAGCGUCGGCGAGGUCACGGGACACAGCCGUCAGAUCAACGCCGUGGCGAUCCGAAAAGAGCGUCCCUUCCGCGCGGUGACGGCGGGCGACGACAACAAUCUUGUGUUCUACCACGGCGCACCGUACAAGUACAACAAGACGAUCAGCACGCACACGCGCUUCGUGCAGGACGUGGCGUAUGCGCCCAACGGCGACAGCUUUGUCUCGGUAGGCUCGGACAGCAAGGUGUUUGUGUACGACGGCAAGACGGGCGAUACGCUCGUCGAGCUCUCUGCCAAGGCCACCGGCGGCCACACGGGAACCAUCUUUGCCGUCGACUACUCGCCGGACAGCAAGCACAUCGCCACGGCGGGUGCAGACGGCGUUGUCAAGGUGUGGGAUGUUGCGGGCGAAAAGGUGGUUGCAUCGCACGACUUUAGGGGCCAGGGCAGCCAGAAGGCGGAUGAUCAGCAGGUGGGGCUGGUGUGGGCCGGCUCGCGCAUUGUGUCGCUCAGCUUUGCGGGCGAUCUGAACGUGAUCGAGGGCAGCGAGGUGCGCAAGCUGCAUGGGUCGUGCAAGCCCUUUGGCGUGCGUUCGCUCGACGUGGUGGCGGGCACAAAGACGCUGGUGGGUGGCAGCUACGAUGGACGUGUGCUGACGUGGUCGUCUGACGGUACGUGCAAGCCGGUGCUGGGGACUGAGCAGACGAGUGCGGUGCUGGGCGUGCACGCGACGAGCGAGGGCGCGUACGUGGUGUCGAUGGACGAUGCGGUGCGCAAGAUCGCCGACGGCAAAUUCGCGGGUGCGGCAGUUGCCACCUCGAGCCAGCCGAAAGGCAGUGCAGCCUCGUCGACGGGGGUGGUGGUGAUUGCCGGCGCAAAUGGGAUCGACAUUAUCGCGCAGGGGAAAAAGACACACACGGCUACGACCUACACGCCCUCGUCGGCUGCGAUCUCCAUCGAUGCGUCGUACGUCGCUGUCGGUGCUGAAGACGGCAAGGUGCACCUGUACAAGCACGCGUCGGGCAGCUUGACGGAAGCUGGGGUUCUGAGCAACAACCGGUCGGCGGUGACGGCGCUUGCCUUUGACUCUGCGACGACGCUGUUGGCGGCGGGCGAGUCGAGCGGCAAGAUCCAGGUGUACGACGUGGCGAGCCGGACGCUCAAGAUCGCCCACUGGGUCUUCCACUCUGCGCGCAUCAACGACAUCCGCUUCUCGCCCGACGGCACGCACGCCGUGUCGGCCAGCCUCGACACGCACGUCUACGUGUGGAGCGUCGCCAAGCCUAUGAAGAACAUCGCCGUCAAGAAUGCACAUGCCAACGGCGUCCAGGCCGUGGCGUGGCUGGGGGAUGACGAGUUUGCCAGUGCAGGUGCCGAUGCCGCCGUGCGCACCUGGAAGCUCAAGCGUCACGACGGUGCCUAG